AUGGAACUCUUAAAGAAGGCGACAAAUGGAACGGAUAACGCCUCAAAACCGCUGCCCUCAACUACAACCGUAUCAAUGAUUCAGGAGUGCUACAACGACCAUGCUUUCAUGAUUUUCAUGUACACGACUGAUGAUCUUCUACUAGCCGCCAGCAUGGCAGCAACUGUAUUCAACGUGAUGGUCAUAUUUUGCGCUGUAAAACUCUUUAGGAGAAGUGGAGACACGAUGCACCUCUUCAUUUUGAAUAUGACAGUGGGAGACUUGAUACUUACUGUAUUCUGUCAUCCAAAUGAGCUGCUUAUUCGUAAACACGACUUUUUACAACAAAUUCAUCUUUGUGCUGUAGUUCAUUACUUCAACUGGACAGGAUUGGCCGUUUCUGGGCUGUCAUUAACAAUGCUAAACAUUGACAAAUUGAUCUAUUUCCGUUGGCCGCUGAACUAUGAUCGUUCGAUGUCAAAGCGGAGAGCUGUUUUAUUUUGCCUUCUAAUUUGGUUGGUCUCCGUUGGCCUUUAA